AAAGACGACGACUCCCUCUCGUGACUCAAAAACACAUUUUCUCUAUUUAUUCAAUAAAUUCAUAAAUUACGUCAAACAUGUCUGCCAUUGAGCGCAGCGAAGAUCGCGAGCAUUGGUUCCACGGCUUAAUUGACCGCCGAGAGGCUGAGGCCCGACUCGUAGCGGCCGCAGUGGACGGGGCAUUCUUGGUGCGCGAGUCGCGGUCUCGACCUUCGGCUCAUCGAUGGUUUGUUUUGUCGUUUCGUUCGCGCGCUUCGGGAAUAAAUCACUUUCGAGUUCAACACUUUUGCGGACACUUUUAUAUCGGAUCCAAAGCUUUCCCGACUCUCGAAUCUUUAGUCCGUUUUUACCGUUUUUCAGAUCUUUUACGCGGAGAACGUCUCAUCCAUUCCAUCGCUCCUCAAGAGCCACCCGCCGAACAACGCGCACGACGUCUGGUAGCAGUUCUUCCGUACACCAAAAUGGCCGAUUCAGACGAACUGACGUUUCAAAAGAGCGAUACUUUCGUCGUUCACAACGAUCUUCAGAACGGCUGGCUUUGGUGUACAAACGAUCGAAACCUAGAAUCGGGUCUUGUUUUUGGAGAACUUCUCGAACCAUUGGACGACGCAAUCGAUCAAAACGACGCUUACGARUGGUUUCAUCAAAACAUCUCUAAAGAAGAAGCCGUCGACCGAUUGGCCAGAGCCGGAGUCGGCGCUUUCCUUGUUCGACCGUCGGAUAAUUCUCGCGGAAAUUAUUCCCUCUUUUUCCAUACGGGACACGCCGUCCAACGUUUCCGAAUUGAACGAACACGAGACGGACGUUUCGCAAUGGGUGGCCGAGUCUUCGUCACUUUAGCGGACGUCGUCUCCAGAUAUCAACAAGAACAAAUUGUCGAAGGAUUUAGACUCGAACGACCCGUCACUCGAACGACGUCCGGACGACGCAAUGACGACGCCGUCUAUCAAACUCUACGCGAAUCACGAGAACUGCAACAAAAGGCUCGGUCGACGCGAACACAAGGAUUUCUUUUACGCAAAAGUCAGAAACGGAAUAAAUGGAAAUCUCAGUUCGCCGUCGUCUCGAAYGACGCGAACGACGCCUCACUUUUCUUCUAUGAUUCCGAACGACGAAUGCGUCCAAAAGCUAUCGUUGAUCUCAACUAUUCGUGUGUUUAUUCAUGUCAUGACUCACUCUUCGAUAGACAACAUGUCUUUCAAGUCGUCGAACGAGCGCUUCCAUGUUUGGCCACUGCCCACUUCUUGGCCGCUCCCGAUUCGGACACAACUCGACAAUGGGUUCGAUCGGUUGGAAGUCUUUGUCGACAACAGUCUUCAUCUGAAAGUUCUUCGGAAAGUCGUUUCGUGCGUUCGGUUUGUUUGUCUUUAAUCGAAGGCCGAAAUCUUCCGCUAAGAAUGGCUCCGAAUCCGUUGAUAGAAAUCCAAUUCAAUCGAAGCGUUCGAAUCGGAAGAACUUCUGUGAAAUGUCCGCCGGAUCCGAUUUGGGAAGAAGACUUUAAUUUGGAAGACAUUCCAAACGAUAUUCAAAGCAUUGCUUUUGUUUUACUAAAUAAAGGAAAAAGAAAAGACUCGGAAAUCGCGGAAACAGUUAUUGAUUUACAAAAACUCAGAAAUAAUGAAGAAUUCGAACAAUUGUUUCAACUUUCGGGUUUAUGUCCUCCGGUUAGAGACGCCUGGGGACAGGUUUUGGCCCGAAUCCGGUUUUCGGUGGAAACAGUUCUGUCUUUAGAAGAUUAUAAUCCUUUAAAAGAUUUGAUUUUAUCCGAAGAUUUGGAAACCAUAGGAAUCGUCGAACAGUUUUGUCGUCAUAGAGACCGACAACAACUCUCAACAGCUGUUCUCAGAAUCGCGAAAUUCGAACGAAAAACAGAACAAAUCAUUCGAAGUCUAAUCGAACGCGAAGUCAGACUCGAAGAUGACACGUCGACUCUAUUUCGCGCCAAUUCGUUGACGUCAUCUCUAAUCGAAACGCAUUCGAGAAGUCUUUCGAAAGACUUUAUUCGAGAAUCGCUUCAAAGCGUUGUUCGAAAAGUCUUUGAUUCAAAGACGUCGUGUGAGUUGAAUCCGUCGCGAUUGGCCGAUCCGUCGGAAGCGGUCCAAAACGCCGAACAUUUACUCGAUUUAUUGGACGCUUUUGUGGACCACAUCUUCGCCCACUCGCACUCAUGUCCGCCGCAAUUGCGUUUCAUCUGCGGAUGUCUUCAGAGAGCGGUGAUCCGGAAGUGGCCGAACGACAUGUUAUUGCGAUCGCGAGUCGUUUCUUCGUUCAUCUUUUUGCGACUCAUUUGUCCUUCAAUUCUAAAUCCGAAAACUUUUCAAUUAAUCAACGACCUGCCGUCGGAAACCGCUUCCCGAACCCUUAUUUUGGUCGCAAAAAGUGUUCAGAAUUUGUCAAAUCUCAACGAAUUCGGAUCAAAAUCGAUUUUCCUUUCAAACGAUCGUUUCGAGGGUCCGCCCCCUCCGAGUGCAAAACGGGAGCCGUGGAUGGAAGUGGUUAAUCCGUUUAUAUUGAAAAACAAGUCGAAAAUGAUUCGAUAUUUAGACGACUUAUCGAACGCCGAUUCGAGUCUUCCGUUGACUCCUGUUUGGUCUCCGAAACACCGAAACCCGACUCCCGAACCGCCGACUCGGGAACUGGCGUUUAUUCACUCGAUUUGUGAACAGAAUAUGACUGAAAUUCGCGCGCUUUCGGAGAGAAAUGGAAAUCUUCGGAAGCUUUCAGUCGUUAUUGAAAUGCUUUAUAAGAGAAAAGAAAAACUGGAAAAACCGGAAAAACCGUGACUUUAUUUACAAUUUCGUUCAUCUAUUUGGCGCUGAAGAGCCGAUCGUUCGUCUAAUUGGCGCUGAAGAGCCGAUCGUUCGUCUAAUUGGCGCUGAAGAGCCGAUCGGAUCAAUUCGAAGGACAGAACGAGUCGUUCCAUAUCUGUUCUGUAAAGACGAUUAAGCAUUGCUUCGAAACAAUCCAAUU